AUGGUAUUAUUUCGUGAGAUAUUUUUAACUAUACUUGAAACUACAACAAGUUCAUUUCGUCACAAAUGGCUCGUUAUUCAAACAUUAGCAAAAAUUUCUGCUGAUGCCCAAAUUAUUGUUGAUUUAUUUAUCAAUUAUGAUUGUUCAAUGAGAUCGGCAAAUAUAUUCGAACGUUUGGUUAUUGUUUUAUCUCGUGCUGCUCAAGGACGACAAGCUGUUGAAUUAGGUUGUAGUCAAGUUGAAGAACAUAAUCUUCGUAUGAAAGGACUUGAAUGUCUUGUGUCUAUUUUGAGAUGUAUGGUUGAAUGGUCGAAAGAUCUAUACGUAAAUCCACAUUUACAGAGCAAUCUUGGACUAGAUACGAAACCACUAAAUGAAAAUGGAGAUCAAGAUAGUGGUCGUUCAUCAUCAGGCGUAGGUGGCUCAAUGAAACGUACUGAUUCCGUUGGCUCUAUCAAUUCAUCACAUUCAAAUAGUGGACUUUCAUCUGAAUCAUCGAAGAAUCCUGGUGAUUAUGAAGCUGUAAGACAGAGAAAAGAAUUGUUUGAAAAAGGUUUUGAUAUGUUUAAUCAAGAUCCAAAGAAAGGUUUACAAUUUCUCAUUGAAAAAAAUUUAGUUAAUCAAGAAGCAGAAGAUGUAGCACAAUUUUUUCAUUCAUACCAAGAUGUUUUAGAUAAAAAAGUUAUUGGCGACUUUUUAGGAGAAAAUAACAAAUAUCAUAAAGAAGUGAUGUAUGCCUAUAUUGAUCAAUUAGAUUUUAAUCAAAUGGACUUUUUGACAGCAUUAAGAAAAUUUCUCGCCGGAUUUCGAUUACCAGGUGAAGCACAACAAAUUGAUCGUUUAAUGGAAAAAUUUGCUUCUCGUUACUGUGAAUGUAACUCAAAUCUUGAAAUAUUUGCUAGUGCUGAUGCUGCCUAUGUGCUUGCUUAUUCUGUUAUCAUGUUAACAACCGAUUUGCAUUCAAAAAAUGUAAAGAAAAAAAUGACAAAAGAACAGUAUAUUAAAAUGAAUCGUGGUAUAAAUGAAAGUCGAGAUUUACCAGAAGAAUUUUUAUCUAAAAUAUAUGAUGAAAUAGCAAAUGAAGAAAUAAAAUUAAAAACAACAACAACAGGAUUAAGACGUGGAGCGGGUGUAGUUGGUACUAGUGGAGGUGUUGGUGGAAAAGUAGAAACUAUUACCAGUGAUAAACAACGUCAAUUGUUAUUCAAUAUUCAAAUGAAAGAUGUUGAAGUGAUAGCACGUGAUUUAAUGUCGAAUGCGGGAACUAUUCGAGAAUUAUUUACAAUAGCUAAACAUCUUGAACAUGUUCGUCCAAUGUUUCAGAAAGCGUGGUCUCCAUGUUUGGCUGCCUUUAGUGUUGGUUUACAAGAUACCGAUUAUAUUGAUUUAGCAAUGCUUUGUUUAACUGGUUUAAGUUGUGCAAUAAGAAUAGCGUGUAUAUUUCGAAUGGAACUUGAACGAAAUGCAUUUGUUCAAGCAUUAUCACGUUUUACACUAUUAACAGCCACCUCUCAAGUAACAGAAAUCAAAGCAAAAAAUGUUGAAUGUUUAAAAACGUUAAUUACCGUUGCACAAACAGAUGGAAAUUAUCUUGGUGAAGCAUGGUAUGAGAUCCUUAAAUGUAUUAGUCAACUGGAAUUAGCUCAAUUAUUCGGUGUUAAUGCUAAUAAAUCGCGAAUGUCGGUUACUAAUCAUCAUCAUCAUCAAUAUCCGUCCCAGUUAUCGAAUACAGCAACAACAUUUAGUUUACCAUUUGAUAAUCUAUUUAGUAAUGAUAAAAGUCCACAAAAUAAACGUCUACAUUCUCUGAAUGAACAAAUUCAAGAAACAAGUUCACAAAGUAUUGUAGUAUCUGUUGAUCGAAUCUUUUCUGGUUCAGCACGUUUAGAUGGAGAUGCAAUUGUUGCUUUUGUUCGAAGUUUAUGUCAUGUAUCCAUGGAUGAAUUAUAUUCAUCAACGCCACGAAUGUUUAGUUUAUUAAAAGUUGUGGAAAUAUCAUAUUAUAAUAUGGGACGUAUCCGUUUACAAUGGUCAAGAAUUUGGGAAAUUGUCGGUGAACAUUUUAAUAAAGUUGCUUGUAAUCCAUUGCAAGAUGUGUCAUUUUUUGCUGUUGAUUCAUUACGACAAUUAUCAAUGAAAUUUCUUGAAAAAGGCGAAUUUCUAAAUUUUCGAUUUCAAAAAGAAUUUUUAAAACCAUUUGAAUAUAUAAUGAAAAAAAAUUCUUCAUCAACAAUACGUGAUAUGGUUGUACGUUGUGUAACACAUUUUGUUGAUUCACAGGCAAAAAAUAUUAAAUCUGGAUGGAAAAAUAUAUUUAGCGUAUUUCAAAUGGCGGCUGCUGAUACUGAUGCGAGUAUUGUAGAACUAGCAUUUCAAACUUGUACACAAAUUAUAUGUACCGUAUUUGAUCGUCACUUUUCAUCAAUUCUUGAUAGUUUUCAAGAUGCUGUUAAAUGUUUAUCGGAAUUUGCUUGUAAUGCAUCGUUUCCUGAUACAUCAAUGGAAGCAAUACGUUUGAUUCGACAAUGUGCAAAAUUUGUAGCUGAAAAACCUCACAUGUUUCGUGAACAUGCCGGAGAAGAUUUAAUCAAUGUUUCAGAAGAAGAUCGUGUCUGGGUUAAAGGAUGGUUUCCUGUACUAUUUGAAUUGUCGUGUAUUAUAAAUCGAUGUAAACUUGAUGUAAGAACAAGAGCUUUGACAGUUAUGUUUGAAAUAAUGAAAAAUUAUGGUGAAAGUUUUACUCAAAAUUGGUGGAGAGAAUUGUUUAAUGUUGUAUUUCGAAUAUUUGAUAAUAUGAAGUUACCGGAUACCCAAAUUGAGAAAAUUGAAUGGAUGACAACUACUUGUAAUCACGCAUUGUAUGCCAUUGUUGAUGUUUUUACACAAUUUUUUGACGAUAUGGCUGGUUCAUUAAUCGAAGAUCUUUAUUCACAGUUGAAAUGGUGUGUUAAUCGAGAUAAUGAACAAUUAGCAAAAUCUGGAACAAAUUGUCUAGAAAAUUUUGUUAUUUCAUGUGGUCAACGUUUUACACCAAAAAUUUGGGAACGAACAUGCGCGUGUAUAUUGGAAAUAUUUCGUUCAACAUUGCCUGAAGUACUGAUGACAUGGCGACCUGACACAGAUCCGUCAACAAUGGCCACUAUUAUUGAAACAAGUUUGCUCGAUCGUACAAAUAGUUCGUUUGAUUAUGCAGCCGUUGAAUCAGCGUCUAGUCAACAUAAUCGCUUACAACGUGCUGGUAGUGUUGCUAGUUUAAAUAGUUCAGUAUCAACUGAAGGUGGUGAACAAGAAUUAAGACAACGUUAUUCACCGGGUGGCAGUGGUGAAAGAACAAGAGCAGGUUCAGAUUAUCGUCUAUUUCAAAUAUUAACAAUUAAAUGUGUUGUACAAUUAGAAUUAAUUCAAGCUAUAGACAAUAUUGUAUUUUAUCCAUCAACAAGUAAAAAAGAAGAUUUACAAAAUAUAGCUGUCGCACAGGCAUUGGCUUCUUGUGCACCAGGUCAUCGUAGCCAAUUUGUAUUGCCCGAUGAACCACGUGAUGAUCAAGGAAUGUAUCAAUGCAUGAAUGUUGAUCAAUUAUUAUUAUUAGUUGAUUGUCUUGUUGAAUCACAUAUGUUUGCUCGUACCUUUAAUUCAAACCAUGAACAGCGGAAUUUACUAUGGAAAGCUGCUAAACCAAAUUUACUCUUACAAGAAACACAUAGUAUAGCGUGUGCAUUUCGUAUACUAUUUCGUUUAUAUAAUGAUUCAUCUCGACGUGAAUGUUGGGAUACACUUCGACGAAGAAUUAUUAGACUUACACGUGAUAGUAUCGAAUAUUAUUUAACAUUACAAUCAGAAAGUCACCGUGAUGCGUGGACAAAUGUACUCAUUCUACUUUAUUCGAAAUUAUUAAAACUUGAUGACGAGAGAUUCAAAUUUUAUGCAUCCGAUAUCUAUUCAAUUGUAACUGAAGUAGUUGUAUUUGAUUUGAAACCAGAACUACGCUAUAUGAUUCGUGAAUUUUUUUUACGUGUUGGAAAUAUCUUCAAUAUCAAUGACACAUCAUUAUCACUAUCAUUACCAACAGCGUGA